CAAGAAGCAGUAGUACUUUUGUAUUUUGCAUUGGUAGAAAUGAUUACUGAGGUGAAGUGUGUGCAUGGUAUCUUUUAAUUAAAGUGAUUUUUGAAGGCCCAAGAAGAUCAGAGGAGAUCAAUUUCUUAUGCAGCAGCAACGAUAAAAUUGAUUGGAAAUAUCAUUUUAACUUUGCAAUGUAAAGAUAUUUUAUUUGCAAGAAUUGAGUUUAGCCUCCUUUUUGUUGGCAUAUAUAUUAUGACUUAAAUUCAUAGCACAUAUCAAAGAAAGUCUAGCUGACCCAGAAAACAUAAAUCUGUGCUUUCGUGAAAAUAGGAUUUUUUAAAUUUAAAUUGGGGUUUUGAUUGCUUUAAUAUAUUCAACAACUGGAGGUCACAGGCUUUUGUAUUCGUUUACUCGCCACUGCAUCAGAGGAUGUAAUGACCGACAAAUGAACUGCGGAGCUGCUGAUUACCUCUCAAAAAUAUACGUUUUUGAAUUGAGGGUAAUUUUUUUUUCUCUUUCGGGCUGCAUCGGUAGGUCUGGUAUAAAAAGCCUGUCAAGCCCACAGUGGCCACUUUACUGUCAGUCAGGGAGGUCAGGCAGGAGGGAAGCUCAGGGUUGCAGGAGACACAGCGAAGCGCGACUGCAGUGUGUCGUGGUCGGCUGGGUCGCUGCUGGGACACUUCCUGGGCUUUUUGAGCGGCCCUGAAGGAUGACUGCUGCACGGCUCGCUGCUGAAUCCCGGUGAACGAACGGCGUCUCAUGUCCAAACGGCGGAAGGAUGGCUCAUGGCAAAGUGACCAUCACGGUGGACGAGUACAGCUCCAACCCCACACAGGCCUUCACACACUACAACAUCAACCAGAGCCGCUUCCAACCUCCACAUGUCCACAUGGUGGACCCCAUUCCUUAUGACACUCCCAAGCCAACAGGACACACCAGGUUUGUGUGUGUGUCUGAUACACACUCGCGAACAGACGGCAUCCAGAUGCCCUACGGCGACGUGCUGCUGCACACGGGUGACUUCACCGAGCUGGGCCUGCCCUCCGAGGUUAAGAAGUUCAACGACUGGCUAGGUGGCCUCCCGUACGAGUUCAAGGUGGUGAUCGCCGGCAACCACGAGCUGACCUUUGAUAAGGACUUUAUGGCCGAGCUGGUCAAGCAGGAUUACUACCGAUUCCCCUCCGUAUCCAAACUCAAACCCGAGGACUUUGACGAUGUGCAGACGCUCCUCUCAAACUGUGUGUACCUGCACGACUCGGACGUCACCAUAAAGGGAUUCCGGAUAUACGGGGCGCCCUGGACUCCGUGGUUCAACGGCUGGGGGUUCAACUUGCCUCGGGGUCAGUCUCUGCUGGAUAAAUGGAACCUCGUCCCUGAAGGCAUUGACAUCCUGAUGACCCACGGACCUCCGCUCGGUUUCCGAGACUGGGUUCCUAAGGAGCUGCAGCGGGUCGGCUGUGUGGAGCUGCUCAACACGGUGCAGAAGAGGGUGCGGCCCAAACUUCAUGCCUUCGGAGGCAUACACGAAGGCUAUGGGAUCAUGACAGACGGCUUCACGACGUUCGUCAACUCAUCGACCUGCACCGUCAGCUUCCAGCCCACCAACCCCCCCAUCGUGUUCGAUCUGCCCAACCCCUCCAGCUCCUGAGACCAGAGGAGGGGGCGGGGAGGGGCCAGGGCACCAUAAACUCCUUUUUUUUCUAUAAAUAUGUCAAGUUAAAAAAAAAAAAUUCUAAGUGUUUCUUUGCAAACUUUUUGGUCUUCUCCAAGCUGUUGUUGAGAUUGAGAAGAUGUGGAGAUGUGGGGCGGGGGUUUGUCGGGGAGGGUCAAAGGAGAAUCCCGGUGUUUUUGUUUCCAAAUAACAAUACUUGUUUCCUGCGUCAGCGUGGUGGCAGAUAUCAGGGUUUGUUCUUCUCCAGAGGAACAACAACGUUAUUUAAUCUCAUUCAUUCUGAGAAUUGCAUCAUGCAAGUUAGCAUUUUUGGUAUCUCCGGGUUUCUUGUAAUCACUUCACAAAUACCAGUAAAAGUGACAACAUCAUCCAGGAAAUUAUCUGAGGAGAGCAAUGAUUUUAGGAAACAUUUUUCUCUGAUUAAGGUUUCAUAAAGUUAUUUUCUACAAAACAAGCUCAUUUUUUCACACAUUAUUUCUUUAACAAAUUAAUAUUUGUGUUGGGGGUUUUAACUCAAGUUUACGUUUCUGACAUAAGCUGUUAGAUUGUCACAAAAAAGUAAAUGUUAUAAUGACAGGCGAAUCAUGAGGGAUAUCAACAUGAUUGUCCCCUCCAUACCCUAGUACCAUCAUGUCUUUGUUAAUUUGGAAAAAUCAUAUUUAUAAAAAAAAAAAAAAAAAGUAGUGACAAAGUCUACAUGUAUGCAAUGUCAAAUAAAUUUGGUUGAAUUUGAAACAGAGCUGCAAGCAACACCGGUAUUCUCCUUUGCUGGGGGAUUUUGUGGUUAAACAAUCUUGCUCUUGAUAAAUAUUGGUCAGAUCUGUAAGAUAAAUGAUGCUUUGUGAAUUUGUACAAUUUCUUUGUUUGGUUUGCAUUGGCCGGACAAUGGAUGCCAUUGUUUUAUGUUGUAUCAUCUGAUAUUUUGUGUUUAGAUCUAUUUUUUUUCUCUCGUCAGUUCCUCUUUUCUUAUUGGCUGACAGGGACGCUGCCUUAAACUAGCUUUAAUGUUUCAGCUAGAGCCCCACUCUCUGCGAGCUCAGAGAAAAGUCCUUAUUUAUUACCCGCAAAACAACACCUGACCAACGCAGGGACAGAAAGCUAUCAAAUUACAGCCCUUAAAAUUAACUUUGUAACAUCCCAUUAUGGAUUUCUGAUCUAAUUUGGAAAAUGUAUGUAUAAAAUAUAUAUAUAAAUAUAUAUUAUAUAUUCAUGUUGUAAAACAUCUGUACUAAAAGUAGUGUUUGACAAAAAAAAAUGAAAAUCUGGUGCAUUUUCUUCUGUAUGCACCAGUAUAAUUGACUUGUUUCUUUAAUGCUCCCAUCAGACGCUCUUUCUUUAAUGUUUUUUGUAUGGACUCUGCCAGUAGGGUAGACUUUCAUUUUGGAUGAGAGAGGAACAUUUGUCAGUCACAAUCCAACAGGUGCUGGUUGCUCCCAACAACACGCCUGCCUAAACCUGGUAAAGCUGUCCUUUUAAAGUGUACAUCUGAUAGUAUUUGUGUUUUAUUGCUUUUCUUUUUUCUAAUUUUGCACUGUGUGUAAAUGCAAUCUUGCUAGCACAAAAAAAAUGUUGCCAAUAGUUGUCUCAACUUUGCCGCUGUAAAUGCUCUUCCCGUGCUCUGUUCCUCUCUCGCUCUUUCUCUGAUUGUAUCCCUCUUCAUGGAAAUGUUAGUUCUCUCUUUCAGUUCAUUGUGAUAUAUUUAGCUGCCUUUAUAUGCAAAUAAAAUUGCAAAGAUUUUUACUUAUCAA